UCUAGCCAUAGCUCUUGUCCGGCUCUUCUCAUCUAUGGCCAAUCGAGCCCACCAAAAUCCCAACCAAAACCCAAAGAAACUCUUUCCCUUACUCUCUCUUCUCAUUUUCGCUUCCAUCUUCCUCCUCCUUUCCAUCUCCAACAAAACCUCCUUCUCUUCUUCUUCAUCAUUAUCUCACCCCACAUUUUUCAAACCCAAUGACAGAUCCGAUCCGGUUAUCUCCCAUCCCUGGCCCUGUAACUACUCCAACGGCAAGUGGAUCUACUCCUCCAACUUCAGAUUCAACGAUAGGUACGAUAGCACCUGUAAGGAGAUUUUUAAGGGGUGGAGUUGUCUUCUCAACAAUAAAUCCAAUGCUGAAGAAAUCCCCAAGUGGCGAUGGAAACCUGACACGUGUCAUCUUCACCCCUUAGAUCCGCUUAAGUUUCUCCACACUUACAGAGACACUAACAUUGGGUUUGUUGGCGAUUCCUUGAACAGAAAUAUGUUUGUGUCUCUUUUUUGCACUCUGAAACGUGUGUCCAGGGAAGUUAAGAAGUGGCGUCCGGUUGGGGCUGAUCGUGGCUUUACAUUUCUUCAGUAUAACCUCACUAUUGCAUAUCAUCGAACAAAUCUUUUGGCACGUUACGGUAGGUGGUCAGCUAAUGCUAAUGGUGGUACAUUGGAAGCUCUUGGAUAUAAGGAGGGUUAUAGGGUAGAUGUUGAUGUUCCAGAACUUACAUGGGCAAAGGCUUCAAACUUUCAUGAUAUUUUAAUAUUCAACACAGGACACUGGUGGUGGGCACCUUCAAAAUUUGAUCCUGUAAAGUCACCCAUGCUUUUCUUUGAGAAGGAUCAGCCUAUCAUCCCUCCCAUAUCUCCUGAUGUUGGUUUGGAUAAAGUUCUAAAACACAUGAUACAUUUUGUUGAGAAAACUGCUCGACCAGGUGCAAUCAAAUUCUUUCGUACGCAGUCGCCAAGACAUUUUGAAGGAGGUGACUGGGACCAAGGUGGUUCUUGUCAACGGCUGCAGCCUUUGUUAUCGGAGCAAGUUGAAGAACUUUUUUCACUAAAAAAUAAUGGAACAAAUGUCGAAACACGUGUGGUGAAUCAGCACCUGUAUGAGGCCCUCAAGGGGUCACAUUUCCAUGUUUUGGACAUUACCCACAUGAGCGAGUUCAGAGCUGAUGCCCAUCCCUCCACAGCCGGUGGAAAGAAACACGAUGACUGCAUGCACUGGUGCUUACCAGGAAUUACGGAUACUUGGAAUGACUUGUUUGUAACACUUCUCAACUUUAUCAAGGGUAAAAAAUGAUGCACAGACUAAUUAGAUUUAGAUAAUAUUAUCUGUUCUUUAAAGUCUUGAGUUAUGAGGUUGAUGAUCAUGUCAUUAAGUACCCAUUCUGUAGGAAAUACACAUAAACAACGCUCCUGAAAUCUAUUCUAGAGGGAUGAGAAUAGUCCUUAACAUUACAGUAUGAACUAAUUUCAAUCUCAGUUUAUGAA